CUCAAAACAAACUGGAAGAGAGCAGAGAAUUGAAUCACAGAAAUUUGCAGAUCAGAUCAGAUAUGAUAUGAUAUGAUGCUCUGAUUUUCUAACCGUUGUGGUCGGGUGUUCUUGAAUCUUGAUGGAUUCCGGUUCAGCCCCAGAGAUUAAUCACACCCGAUUCGAGGAGGAUAAGCCCGGUUCGAAUCCAUGUCCCGACAACGAAAAAGAUACUCAGGAUCCAAGUGUGAAGCCAUUCAUGCCGUUGCUAGCCUUUUGCAAGAGUGGUGGGAAUAUGAAGGGUGAAUCGGUGGGCAAAAGUGAGAAGAACACGCCGCAGAGUUUGGGAGUUGAACAACAACGUUAUUCGAGGAUUGAGGAGAUGUCGGCCGGCGGCGAGGUUGGCGGCGGAGAUGAGAGGCCUAAAAGUCUGGCGGCGUUGUUUUCCAUUCAACAGAUGGAUCACAGAGACUCGAUUUCGUCUUCUUCUUCAGGGCACCUGAUAGUCCCAGGAGGAUCAUCGUCUUGUUAUGACACCAUGUCUUUUCGGUCAAACAGCACCACCAGCACCCGAUCCUUUGCUUUCCCCAUAUUAGCAUCGGAUUGGAAUGGCAGCCCUAUGAGGAUGGCAGAUGUGGAUAGGAAUAGGAGAUUCUCAAGGAAGAGGAGACAAUGGAGGAUGUGUUUUGGCUGCUAACAACGUUUCAUUUGUUCAUAUUAAUUAUUUUUCUUCUAUCAUAGUUUGAAAACAAAAUACUUUUCCUAUAAACUCAUACACAAGCAAGCACUAUCAUUGGGAGCAUACUUAGUUUUCUUUGUUUUCACACAAUUAUUAGGAUGUUUUUAUAUUUCUUAUAGGAAAUUUUAAUUUUACCCAUACGAUUUUUU